AUUGAGGCGAUGAGAAGUGUAACGUUAAAUAAAUUUCUCCCAUUUCUGAUUUGUCGUGGUGUAGUGGCCCUGCUUUUUCGCAUACCGUUUAAAAUUUUAUCAUUCCUGCGGGCUACUGGCUAGAACCCUACUAGUACUCCAUUCCCAUUCCCAGUGAAUUUCUCGAUAUAUAUCACAGCAGCCCCAACCCAAGCUUCUGAUCUGUGUUGAGCCAUGUCUAAACCAAAGGUCUCCUACAGCCAUGGACGCCGUGGAGGCGGAAGCGACUGCAAUCCUUGCGGCUGCUGCUACGGCUGCCUCUUCAAUUGCUUCAUCAGCUGCAUCUUCCAGAUCUUAUGCACCCUCCUCUUCAUUGUCGCCAUCAUCGCCGUCAUUCUUUGGCUCAUCUUCCGCCCCAACGCCCUCCGAUUUUACGUCGAUAACGCCUCUCUCACCCAAUUCGAUUACUCCGCCUCCAGGAACACCCUCAAUUACAAUCUCGCCGUGAAUAUGUCAAUUCGCAACCCUAACAAGAGAAUCGGCGUCUACUACGACAGUAUCGAGGUGAGGGCACUGUAUGAUAACCAGAGAUUCUCUGUUGCGAAUAUAGACCCGUUCUUUCAAGAGACUAAGAACACUUCGAAUCUUCAAUCAGUGUUUAAAGGCCAGAAUCCGCUGCCGCUCGGGGACAGUUCAGAGUACAGCAAUCAGAAGAAAAAUGGGGGUUUCGAGAUUCAGUUGAAGCUGUAUCUGAAAGUCAGGCUGAAGUUUUGGCUAAUUAAAUCUAAGAAUAUCAAGUACUCAAUUGAUUGCGAUCUCAACUACGUUCCCCUGAUCUCCAAUGGCACAUCAUCUGGCAUAUCAGCCAGUGGUUUUGAAAGAACAAGGUGCCAUCUUCAUUGGUAGUUGCUUAAGGAUACAUAUUCUUCAUCAUAUUCUUUAUGCUAAUGAUGAAAUAAUCUCUGUCCUUAGUUCAUAAGGUUUCUAGAUUCGUUGGUAUCUGUUUUUCACUUGUUGCAGUUAAAGCUUAUUUUUAUUGAUAUAUUCUCCAUAAAGAUCCCAUCCUAAUUUGCAUUUCAAAUUGUUAGUGAAUCCCAAUUGGUUCGUUUUUUGUAUUUUGUGGAAUAUGAUAGGAUCCACUCAAGCCCUUGCAAAAG